AUGAAUACUAUUGGAGAGGCGCUUGGAAAGGAUCACCCCCUCGCGAUGGCUACCACCAUGGCCGACGACGAACUCUUCACAAGGGCUAUUUCUGGUUAUCGGGAUGCUUUUUUGGUCCGACUUUCUCAUCUUCCGGAAUCAGAGCGCAAUCGACUUUGGUCUCAGCAAUUAAGUCGAUUCUUGCCCACCACAACCUCCCCCAGCUACCGUCCAGUUCCCGGCUCUGGAAUUUCGGAAACUGGCUCAUCUCUCGAGAAAUCUGGGAAAAGGACUCGACAGGAUACUCCUCGGACACUCCCUGGUUCUGGUCUUCCUCCUUCGAAACGACGAGUCACCACUCCGGAGCCCCCGGUGAUCGUUGACUUGACUCGGGAACUCUCUCACUCGCGCUCCUCGCCAGCACCCACCACCACUGUGAGAGCUACGGGAACGACUUCUCGGACGGACAACAUCCCUCUUCCGGGCCCUCGUGGAGUUGCUCGACACACGGCUAUGGCUCGAUCGCAGAGCCAGCAGACUCCAGUCGCCCAUCGAAAGCCCCUGGCUUCUGGAGUGCCGAGAAAUCGACAAUCUGGACUACACUGCUCAGAACUCCGACUUGAUCACGUUAACGACUACUCUCCGUCUGAGUACGCCCGUCAGCACUUGGAGGACUUCCAGGACCGAGCAAACGUGUCUGCGCUUUCUCUGGCUCUUGCUGCGGACCCUGCCCCGAGUGGAUUCCAACAUAACCUGCCGGUCUCGAAACCGGGGAUAUCGACAGACUCUGCUGGCUUGUCGGAUUCUACUUUGGUUGGUCAGCCGGUUCCAUCAACUGCCGUCGAGAUGAGCAGGAGUACAACCACUGACUCCAUAUGUGGUGAGAUGAAGCCUACAUUGUCUGCUGAGAGCAACAGUUCGGCUGCCUCCCAGCAGUCAAGAGCGGCGCGGCGGACCCAAGAACAGAUUGUGCAAGGCACGCGACCAAUUGCGCCCAAGCUCGAGUCGCGCCAUAGCUCCCCACCCAAGCUGGUGGAGCAGCAUAAGAUGAUUCGCAUCUCAUCCUCCGAUGGGACUUCGAAAGAGGUCGCAGCCAUUCCCAAGGCUUCGAUUCAGCGGCCUCCGCGCCCAAAAACGUAUUGCACCAUGUGCAACGAUCAACCUGAGGGGUUCCACGGAGAGCAUGAGCUGCGGCGACACAUCGAACGAGUACAUGCUGUGGUCCGUAAGGUUUGGGUCUGUGUGGACAUCUCACCAGGCAAAACCUUCUUGGCCAACUGCAAGGCGUGCCGCAAUGGCAAGCGGUAUGGUGCUAACUACAAUGCUGCUGCCCAUCUCCGCCGAACCCAUUUCAACCCGUGCCAGCGCGGCCGGGGAGGACGUGGCAAGGACAGCGAGAAGCGUGGCGGCAAAGGCGGCGGCAACCACCCGCCAAUGGAAGUGCUCAAGCAUUGGAUGGUGCAGAAGGAGGAGGUUGUUCUUGAGAAUGCUCAGAGUUUUAUUGACCAGGACAUGCUAGGGGAUGAUUUGACCACUGUACCGUCAUCGGUACCUAUGGAAGAGCCGGUCUUUAACGGGCUGCCAUCGGCACCUGCUCCAAAUUUCUCUUCCCUAGGUCUUGAGACAACGCUGGCACAUAGCUAUGACGGGUUUUCGAACCUUCAGGCAAUGUCCAUUGGUCCAGCCCUUGACACAGCAAGCUACCUCGAUGCUCAGACUUUACCCCUCGAGAUCGAUUCGUAUGUGUGA